AUGAUGGAAGUGGCUUUCCCCGCCGCCUCCAGCGCUGCCCAUGGCCUCCCCGUGUGCGCCGCACCACGCGCCGCGCCCCGUGGUGCCCCGCGUCCCUUGCACUGCGCAGUCGCCGCGGCGGGCGCGGUGAUCGUGUCGCGGAUGAGGCGAAGUGGACGCAGGGCACAGGUGAAGGAGGUGGAGAUGCCCUUAGAAUCCUGGACUUUGUUGAAAGGCAAGUCUCAUGAGUCCUUGGUGGAAGUGCAGGGUGACUAUGUCAAGAACCUCCCACCUGAAAGGCUCGAGGGACUCAGAAGACUUUUCCCGGAGGUGGAUGUGGAGACAGAGGGGCUUCGAUUGGUUCAUGAGGACCCCCCAGUGCUGCUGCUGGAGAACGUCCUGGACUCCUCCGAAUGCGCGGCCUUCGUGGAGUCGAUGCGCUCGGAGGAUGGGACCUUUCCGGAACGCCUGGGACAGGCCAACCUGGACGUGCCACCUGGUGAAUGGCCCAGCUGGCUGGGCCCGCUGCGCACGGCCUUCCGGGGUGUCCCUGUGUUGGACUGGCUGGGCAAUCCGACGGUGCGGUGGACGUACCGAAGCAGGUGUUUGUUGGACAGUUUCCUCCAAAAGGUGCGCGAGAAAUGCGGUUUGGAUACCUCCUUCGGCCAAGCCAAUAUCAAGCACUACCGAAAGGAACAGUGGCUGCCCGUACAUAUCGACUACAACAGGGCGACGAUGCUGACGUAUUUGAACGACGUGGGCACCGGUGGGCACACGCUCUUCCCCACCCUGGGCAUCAAAGUGAAACCAGCGAAGGGCAGCGCGUUACUGGGAAGCGCAGGUUGUGGCUAG